AGUUGCAGCAAAAGCAUAGAGGGAAAAGUAGUACCGCUUUUAGCCAAGAUUAUCUGUUUUAUGGACACGAACAACAACCUGCAAAUUUUAGACAAUGCCUGUGAGUGUAGCUGGAUGUACAUAGUUUGGAUGAGAUUGCUGUUUGCAGUUGAUGCAAAGAUUCUAAACAAACAAAGGGAACUUGUUACUCAGUCCACAGGAAAGAACAUUGGAUUCAAGUCAAUUUUUCCAUUUUCGUGGUUGCUCUUUGAAAACGUAGAGAAGAUUCUGCAAAGUUGCUCUGAGAGUAAAAUAGGGAAUUCACCUGAGGAAUUAUUCAUUCAGUCACCUAUGGCUUUGAUCAUCAAUGAAGUUAUUAGGGGAAAAGAUACGCUUCACGCAAUGCAAUUAUACAUAUCCGAUUUUGUCAAUAUGAAGUGCAAAACUUUUUCAAACAGAGAGAAGCAGCUGAUUUGUGAGUCCCUAAUUGCUAACAUGGAACAGAGAUCAAAGGGAAUUCCAGAAUUAUUGUCAGACUGUCUAGUGUGCAUACAUAGCGUUUUUAGAGGAAUGGAAUAUUCUGUGAAGACCUUUUGUGACAUUGCAUCUCUAAACGAACAUCUACAGGAUGAAAAAUUCUUUGAAAAUGUCAAUAACAGUUAUCAGAUGCUUGACAUAGGAUCUGUGAAAUACCUUUUGGAAAAACUUAAUCCCAUAGAUGCAAUAGAAACACAUGAAGGGCAGAUAAUUUGGAUGCAGCAGUUUCAGAUCUACAAACCUUUUAUUGAAAGAAUUUUACAUCAAACAACUGAAAACCUACAAACAGGCAAUCCUAGACGUCGAUUUAUUGAACAAAUGAGGUCAACAUGGACAAAAAUCACAGCAUUGAAAUUAUACAUAGAAAAUAUAGCAGGAGACGAGAGAAAAGAUAAAUUGAUCAACCAAGACUGUAAAUUUCUUUGGAAGUUUCUUGGAGAAAAUGCAAACUUCAAAACAAUUGAAACAUUAGAAAAAUUUGAAAAAUUUCUGAAGGCUUCCAACAAAAAAGCUAUGAAGGACUUUUUGGACAAAUUUGGUAAAUGUCAUCAUUGCAAAAUACCCUUAAAUUUAUCACCUCCAAUUAUCCUUCCAUGUGGUCACAAAAUAUGCAGAGAAAAUUGUCAGUAUAUGAUAAUUACUGAAGAAGAUGUGAAAAAGUGUCCAGAGUGUUUGAUGGAAAUUGAAAAUGAUGCAGAAUAUGACAUGAAUGAUGAAGAAAGUGAAGAGAUGAAGCCAUUUUGGGACUACCAGAAAAAGAGUAAUAGGUUUUAUAUGCAAAUUGUAUCCCAACUAUGCUUCGAAAACUCUUCAGCCCCAAGUGAAGAAGUUUGCAAAAGGCUUCUGCAGCUUGUCGUUUUUAAAAAGAAACUCCCUGAGCUUAACAUGACCAUUAUCAGGACCAGAGAUAUAGGCGUAUUUGAGACCAUAGUGGACACAACUCCGGUUUUCAGAUCUUUUCUAUUGCAAUUACUGAUAAGAAGCAAUGAAAAUACUGUUUUGCAACUUUUCAUGAAAGAAACUGUUGAGAUCUUGGAUGAAGACAUUCAUGGGUCACACAUGAAAGACAUAUGCUUAAUGCUGAUACAAUGUAUUGAGGACUCGUUGAUGGAAGAAUCACUAUCUCACAGUUUCCAAUCUGAAAUGGAGAGAGAAAUUUGUUUCGCUAAGGAAUCAAUGUUGUUAGCAAAGGAACAGUUGCAAGCAGAAGGAACGACGGUUGACAAAAUUAAAUCAAUUGCAAGAGCUCGUUUUGGUCUUCAAGUGACAGCAAAAUAUUUGUACGGUCGGUUAAAUACAACAUGGGAGUUUACAGAAUCUGAACUGGCUAUGUGUACUGACUUAUUCCAAACUUCUGCCAGUUUGUGCGACUCACCUUUGGAGCAUAUCAGAAUGUAUUUGCUAAAGCACGUCUGCAGACGCUACGGUUUGGAGUUCUACAGAAAUAUACAAUCCUCAGCUGAAUCUUGGGUACUGCCAUCUGAGGAUGGGGAUAAUACAGAAAAACAAAGUGCAGAUCAGCAUUGUCCAGAUUACUGCCUCGUACUUGGAGAACAAUACAGAAAAAUUAAAGAGAAGAUAAGUGAAAUUCUGGUACCCACAGACAUGUCAAGGAAAUUAAAGCUCAAAGACAAAUCCCGAACAGUUCAAGUAUUUUUCCUUCUGGGACUCUGUAAAGAAUUGAAAUCCCGAUCAUUGUUUCAAGAAGAAAAUAUUCAAACUAAAGAACAGUUAAAAUGUAAAGUGCAGAAAUUAUUGAAAAACCAGAAACUUCAAAUUGUGAUGGAUUAUCUGGAGGAAUUAUUUGACGAUUCAGUUGGAAGAUCGUGUGAUCAGCUAAACCUCAGGCUCUGUGAUAAUAUGCAUGAUGAAAGCAUUAUAUUUCUCAUCUUCCAUUUGAUGUUCGUUUUGAAAGUGACUGGAAAUAAAGGACCUUUGCAACCACUACAGGCCCUAGCAUUUGAACCAAAUAUCUUGGAGGGUGCCUUCUUACCAACGAUGCCUGAGGAGUGUUUGUCUAAAGAGAUCCAAGAAGAACUUCAGAGAAUGGAGAAAAUAGCAAACAAAGCUCACCACAACUUUACGUGGUAUCGUUGUCCAAACGGCCAUCUUUAUGGAGUUGGGGAUUGUGGAAAUCCUACCCAGAAAGGUCAUUGCUUUGAAUGCCAUGCGGAAAUUGGUUCAGAAUCGGAAAUUAAUCGUAAAGACAAUGUAAGGUAUACUGGGGAUGAUCAAAGUCGCAGAGGUCAUAUUCUUGGGUCACCAACUAACAGAACUUUUGAUGCUGUUUCGGAAAGAAAUCUUUCUCCAAUUUCUAAUGCAGUUCUAAGACUUUUAACACAUCUCUCGAUGUUUAUAGGGGCUAAUUACAAUAUUGAGGAAAUUACAAAAUGUAUUCACCCUACUGUAGACGAGGAUGAUGUUCCUGGAUUUCUUUGGGAUCACAUUCUUGUAGACAUUAGCACAUUGAGGAAAACAUUAGAUCAGGGCUUGGAUGGGGUGUUUAUGCUUCUUCAUGUACUUGUUCAUUCUUUUCUGAAAGAAGAGCCCACUCUUGCAGUUGCCAUUAGAAAUGAUCAGGACAUACCACUGCAUAUCUUGAAAACAAAAGAUGGAAGGAAACCUUGGGAAAUGGAAUUUUCAUUGACAUACAUUGCAGAAAUAAUGCAGAGAAGCAAAGAGCUUUUCAAGACAUGUGAAGAUAUACUUUCUGAGGACACCAGCAUAGUCUCAGAUCCUGUUUUGAGGAAAGUGUUUGAUUUGGAUGAAGCAUCAUGUGAACAGUUUACAUUUAAUGAAAUGCAGACAUGUGAUUUUAUAUGGCAACAUAGAAUAAAAGUUUCUUUUGAACAUUUUGUCCAUGAGUUUCACAUGCUGAGAGACAGAAUAGGGCCAGAAGUGGAACGAUUUGCUCUUCUAGACGCAUUCUUAAGACAGGACUGUUACUUAAGAUACCUAAGAUAUAUCCCAGCUGUCGUGAGAAUGCAGAGUGCCUUGAAAGCUAACUACAGAAAACAGAUUACCAGAGAAGAGGCCAGGUCCCUAACCAUAAGAGAUUGCCUUCAGCAGUGUAGACAAGGUCCAUUCAGCAAAGAGAUCGAAGAUGGCGUGGUCUCCAUUUGUGAGCUAUGGAAAUGUUUCCGAAAGUUUUACUUCGACUUUGAAACACUAGAUAUGAACAAAGAUAUUGAAGCACUAUUAGAACGUAAUAUAGAUGUAGAUGUUGAUAGUGUAUCAUUACUUAUCCCUGACACUAGAGGAAGUGGAACAAUUAUCAGUCUUCUUUUUCGCUUCAUGAUUUGGAAGCAAAAUGCAUUUGUGAAAUUGUUUGAAGAUAUAACACAGACAAGGACUAGCAAUGUGAAGGAUAUAAGUUUUGACGAUUUGGCGGAGAGUGAUCUUAUUUCAUACCAUCACAAGGCCGACUUGCUUCCUAUUAUCAUAUCAAAUUGCAAUUACACUUAUGCUAAGGAUGAAAGGACAACUUUGGAUUACGAUUUUGACAGUAUUCAGUCAGCUAUUAAAGAUCAAAUAUUGCAAGGAAAACCAAUUCUGAAUGUCAGUGAAUGGAAAUGGCCCUGGAACACCGUAUUUCGAGCUGAUGCCGAUGUGACGAGGUUUGCUACAUUAAGUGCUAGAAUCAAUCAGAAGCCCUUGGAUAGUAUGCUUCAGAGACAGAUAAUUGCUGAUUUCGCUGAUUUACCAGAUAUUUACGAAGCCAUAGAAAAUAUAGACACAGUGGUCAACUUUCUUCUUUCCGUCAGUUGCAGUGGCGAUGAUCUGCUAAGUGAAUUUAUGGAGGAUAUUUUACAAAUGAGUUCGCUUUUAAGUCAAAAGGCCAGUGUUUCUUGUAGACUUCACCACGUCCAGUCCCUCUGGUUUCUGUUUAUGUUUGAAAAGACAAAGAGACUUACCUCAAGUGAAAAGGAUGGCUUUGAAAGUAUUCAUGAAAAUAUCAAAGAACCUUUGACCGAACAGAUGUGUAAAGACCUCAGUUGGUACUUAACAGACUUGUCUACAGAGAAACUGGGUGUAAUCCUGGAACAGUUGUUGGAAUGUAUCUUAUUUACAUUGAAUCAGGGUCAAUGGAACUAUAGUUCUUAUUUACACAGCUUGAGCGACACGCUUAUGGUUCACUUGGAGGACCCACUCUAUUCUGAGGUUGACUUAAAAACGCUUGGGUUAAAUGACGUACAACGGUUACCGUCGACCAUACUCUCUUCCCAUUCAGUUGAAGUGUGGAAAAUGAUCAAUUGCACCAUUCAAAGUCGGAAAUGAAGAAAGAUUGCAAAUUAUUACAUUUGUACGAAACUUUCACUUUUCU